ACUGCGAAACACUCAGUAUAAAGAGAAGAAUAUUCAUCUCUUUUUUCAAGUACAAUCAUACAAUUGAUCUUUGAGUACUAUCGUGUCUUGGAAACUUCCAAUCGCGACUACUGUCAAAAUGCACCUCAGCUUCAAUCUUAUUCCUUUGGUGUUACUUGUAGCAAACGAAGCAGCAGCCACCAAGAUACUGUUUCAGCAGACCGUCACCGUUUUCUUGCCGGUUCGAACUGGAGUCCUCAUAACCGACGAUAAUCAUUACCAUAACAUUGGAUUCAGAGAUAGUGGCUGUACAAACGCAGGCCUUUCGUUUGUCAAGGAGAUGUGCAUAGAUGGAAGUAAGCAAAGGGCACAUAUUUACUGGACGAACCAACCAAACAAGAAGUACUGUUUCGCGCAACAGCCGUCCGAACAUACCAAUUGUGGCCAGUGGCAAACGUGCUCUAGAUGGGAGUUUACAGAAACACCAUGCACGUGGUAGUGCGCCUAAAUGUCAGAAGCCGUCGCAAGGGGCUCGGGUUUGACGGCUUUCCUGAGCGAGCCAGACUGUGUAGAGCCCUUCGAGAG